ACGACAGUAACGUCAUACCGGAGGGGCGGAGCUUAGCGGAGCAGCAACAUGGCUGCAGACUACUGUGAGCCCGAUAGACCUGAGAAUCUGUCCGACUGAACCGACCCAGAGACAUCCCCGGCGGACCGGGACACCCCCUCCAGUGAGUAACGCGCACCGCAGAGCUGCAUGUGUUACCGGGAGAGCGUCCCACGGCUGGCUGCCCCGCCCCCCUCAGCACCACGCCCCCCUCGCCCUCCCCUCAUGGAGAGGAUGAGAAAGAUCAAACGGCAGUUGUCAUUCACCCUGGGGAGGGGAGGGGCCAGGGGAAGGGACACCAUCAACCAGGAAGUGACCUCACACAGUGAUUCAGAGGUGUCUCUUCACACUUCUUCUGGAGGUUUAAAGGUUCGAGGUUCGUCUUCAUCAGUUCAGUCUCUUCUUCAGUCGUACAGCAGCUCGCUGAGAAAACCUGGAGGUCUGGGACGCAGCCUGAGCUCCUACCUGAACCACACGGCCCGACUGGAGAUCGUCCAUGAGGAUGUGAAGAUGUGUUCAGAAGGAGAAAGUGAUCCGUCCUCGUCUUCAGUCCUGGUUCACAGUCCAGUUAGAAUGAGACUGAGAAACAAAAAGAUAUCAACUGAGGACAUUAACAAACGUCUCUCAUUACCGGCCGACAUUCGUCUUCCAGACGAUUAUCUGGAGAAGUUUAAUCUGAUUGGUCCAGCUCUGUUUGAUCAGCCAAUCAGUAGGCGGCUCCGUAGAGUGUCUCUGUCAGAGAUUGGUUUUGGGAAACUGGAGACAUACGUCAAACUGGACAAACUAGGAGAGGGCACCUACGCCACCGUGUAUAAAGGUCGCAGUAAACUGACCGAGAACCUCGUGGCCUUGAAGGAGAUUCGAUUGGAACACGAGGAAGGAGCGCCGUGUACUGCUAUCAGAGAAGUGUCUCUGUUGAAGGAUCUAAAACACGCCAACAUCGUCACGCUUCAUGACAUCAUCCACACCCAAAAGUCCCUCACACUGGUGUUUGAGUACCUGGACAAAGACUUGAAGCAGUAUCUGGACGACUGUUCAAACAUCAUCAACAUUCACAACGUGAAACUCUUCCUCUUCCAGUUGCUACGAGGUUUGUCCUACUGUCAUCGGAGGAAAGUUCUCCACAGAGACCUGAAACCUCAGAACCUGCUGAUCAACGAGCGAGGAGAACUCAAACUGGCCGAUUUUGGUCUUGCACGGGCAAAGUCCAUCCCCACAAAGACGUACUCUCAUGAGGUGGUGACGCUGUGGUACCGCCCCCCCGACAUCCUGCUGGGCAGCACUAACUACUCCACCCACAUCGACAUGUGGGGGGUUGGCUGUAUCUUCUAUGAGAUGACGACAGGGCGACCUCUGUUUCCUGGUUCCACUGUGGAGGAGGAGCUCCACUUCAUCUUCAAGCUGCUGGGUACUCCUACCGAGAUCAGCUGGUCUGGAAUCAGCUCCAACCAGCAGUUUGUGGCUCACAAGUAUCCUCUUUACCGAGCAGAGCGGCUGAGUACCCACACUCCUAGGCUCAGCAGUGAUGGAGUCGACUUGCUUUCAAAGUUCCUUCAGUUUGAAGGGAAGAAGAGGAUCUCGGCAGCCGAGGCGAUGAGUCAUCCUUAUUUUAGUAACCUUGGAAACAGAGUGACGACACUUCUCGAUACAACGUCCAUCUUUAGUCUGCCAGAGAUUCACCUGGAGAAAGAAACCAUCCGACCAAUCGGCUCUGAUUCAGUUAACAGUCCGGCUAAUAGGUGUGGUCUGCUGCUCUGACAUCAUUGUGGGGGCGUGGCCAGUUACUCUGACAUCAUGCUAUGGGCGUGUUCUGCCAUAAUGACAUCAUGAGAUGGUUUCAGGAUCAAAGGAAAACCGAAAGAAAUGGACGCCAUGAUGACUUUCUAUCGAGAGAGAGAAGAAGAAAAUGGCAGCUUCUUGUUUACUCAGAUUAAUGCAAUAAUGGAUCACAGCAGCCAUCUGACCAAUCAGCGACCAGCAAGUUGUGACAUCAGAGUCACUUCAGAACAUGAACAGAUGAGAUACAGGUUAUUUAACAGAACAGUCUUCCAUUUUCAGAUUGAACACAAAUGACUGUUGUCAUGGAUACGCCUGAAUACAGGUACCACCUGCGUGUGCAGCACUGUUGUCGUAAAUUAAAAACGUGUCAUUCAUUCCACUAACAUGGUAUUAGUUUUAUUUUAAAAGAAAAGAAAGUUUAUCCUGAAUUCAGACUUGACUUGAAGUUCUGCAGAGGCACCGACUCCAACCCGUUUGGUACAAACUGAAUAUAAACCGAAUGUAACCAUAGUAACAGGAAGGAAUCAAUAAAGAAUGUUCCACUUUUUUAAAAUUCAAAGACAAUAAUUGGUUUGGAGCUGCUGUUUGUGUACCUGUCAUAGUACAGUAUAACCUUUACAGUGAUAUAUGUACUUCAAUUAAUUACAAUUACAUUAAGUACAAUUAAUGUACUUCAAGUAAUUUAACUUCUUUUUAUAUAACAGAUUAAAUUGUUUGGUUUCAAACUGAAAUCGGCACAAUAGAAAGUUUUAAGUUUAAUUAUAAAAGUGUAAACUGGUUUUUAUUGUUCUGCAUGUGUGUUGUACACUCAAACUUUAUACUACAAUACUGGUAAUAAAUGUAGUAGUAUUAUAAACAAUGCACUGAUAGUGUAAUUAUAUAUACAGUUAUACGUAUAAGUGUAAAAACAGCUCUUUUCUUCACAUGGAUCAUUUAAUUUAUAACACGUUGAAUAGUUUUUAUUCAGGAAUGUCAGCAGAGCCUCACCUGAGCAUGGGGGCGGGGCUUAGUGUCGUUAGUGCAACACGUGACUCUGAAAUAUUCACUGAUAAAAAUCCCUUUUUGCACCUGUAGUAUUUGUACCAGGAAGGUCACUACGGUGUAAUAUUCAGCAGUCAAAUCAACUUCUUUACGGCGUAUGGAAGAUUUUUGUUUUUUUAUAUUUCAUUUAAUACUUGUUACUGCUAUCUGAGACGGGGCGGGAGGCCGAUCUCAGUGUGUGUGUGGGGGGGGGGGGGGGUGUCUUCUUGAACUGGGGCCAUGCUUUGGACCUGAGGUUGUUAAGACUUUGUGAUGGCUGUUCUUCUCUUUGAAUUGUUUGUGGUAUUUUCAGGUUUUGGAGCACUGAUAUUUCACACAAACGUUUGCUGAUGUGAAUUUUAAUUUUGUAUCCGUAGACGUUUGUAUGUGAAAAGAUCAAAAUGUACAGUGGCCACUGAAUGAAAUUAUUAAAUUAUUUUUUUGUUGAAAGGUAGAACUACUUUUGUUGUGAUAAUAAGAGGAAACAAGAACAUUUCAAAAGUUUCAAUAACUGAAUUAUUCUGGAUUCAUCCAGCUGCUGUUUCAACAAUCUGAAACUCACGACAAGACAUUUGGUUGAAGGUCACCGAUCUCCCAGUUGGACUCAGACCAGAAGAAUCGAGGUCAACCAGGGUCACUGCUGGACAAACAUUAAAGUAGACUAUUGUUGCACACCCUAAAUUCAAUAAGUACCUGAGAAAAGGAGAAUAUUUCCUAAACGUGUUCAUCCUCAGUUACUAACAGUCACCAUGAAUAAAGAAUUAAAGAUAGAAGAAUCCAUUAGAGGCUUUUGGUUUGUAGAAAUAUCUAGUUAUCCGUUUGCUACUCUGGUUUAGAAUAAUCAGACUUAAAGCUGUUGAAUCCAAAUCUUGUUUUCUCUGCUUUGUGUUGACACCAAAGUUCUCUGCAAUAUUUUGCAUGAUGCAAUUCUUCCAGAUAACUUCUUUGAAUGUUCUUCCAUCUGAAAAGAAAGCACUGCCACGUAUCUUAUGCUAUAACUGAUCUGCAUACUAUAAAUAUCAAUGGAAGUAGGGAGGAUUUAUGAUACUGAUGUACCGUCAUGUUGACUAAAUGUAUUCUUGAUAUGUUUACAGUAUAUGAAUAUACAUUAAAGGUCUUUAUUAUCUGCA